AUGUCGGGAACGUUUGAAGAAAGUCUACAAAAGCUUAAGCAGCUUUUUCCAGAUGCUAAAGAGCAAAGUUUAAUAGUCGCGCUUAAACUUAGUAAUGUGCAAAUAGAAAAAGCCUCGAAUAUUUAUCUGGAACAAAAAGAAGGACGCAUCAAUAAAAAUAAAAGUUUUUUACAUUUGAAACAACCGAAGUUAGAUUCUUUUAUUAAAAAAAAACAAGCAGAAAAUGAGAAUUCUGAAAAAAUUGAUAGUGGCUCUUCUAAAAAGAGAAAAUUUGAUGAAUUAAAUGAGGCGGCAGUUAAUAAACAAAAUAAUUCAUCUAAUAAAAAAUUGUUAAAUUUACAAGAAGUUUUAAAAUGGCCACUAAAAUCUUUAACGGUUAAAAAAAGAACCCAAACACAAACAUUAUACUUGUAUCGACAGGAGGACAUUUCGGCGAGAACUCCAUGUAUGCUCAUUCACAAUGUGUUACCGAAAGAAUUGGCAAACUCCCUAUUACGAAUAAUGUUGAAGGAAAGUGAAACUUUUACACGUAACCAAGGGUUUUUAUUUGGAAAUUUAGUUACUUCACCUCAUACAAGUCAAUAUUAUAUAUCAAAUGAAAUGAAAACAAGAAGUUCCAAUAAUGCUCGCUAUUUCCCGCCGGAAAUGGAGCAAGCGAAAACCAUUAUAAUGAAUAUAGUCAAUGAACAAAGAAAGGAAAGGAAAAUUUAUGAAUAUGAAGUGCAAGGAGAUUGGAGUCCAAACAUUGCAGCAGUGAAUUGUUAUGCGAAUUCAAAAGAGGCUGUUAAUUGGCAUAGUGACAGAUUAACUCAUCUUGGUCCUCUGCCUAUUAUCGGGUCACUUUCUUUGGGAGUUACCCGCCAGUUUCGUCUUCGUCGAUUUGGUAAUGGAGAAUCAAAUUCAACGAAUGCAACACAAAAAACAUCACCAUCUACAAUUUAUUCAAUUCCACUUGAACACAAUUCGCUAAUAAUCAUGUGGCCCCCUUGCCAAGAACUCUGGAAACACGAAGUGUGUCCUCAGAAUUCUAUCGACAAACAUCCAAUAGCAGGUUUUAAACGUAUAAAUAUCACGUUUCGUCAAUUUCGGGAUGAAUAUGGAAGUGAGAUGACUCCCAUCUGUCAUCAUGGUGAGCUAUGUAUGCUUAAACCUGUGUUCAAUGGGCGUAAUGUGGGACGCUACUUUUAUUCUUGUAAUGCCGGUGGUCCGGAAGGAAAAUGUGAUUUUUUUGAGUGGUUGAAUAUCGACAAAAGAAAAGAAGAGGUUGAGAAGUUGAGAAUGUUGGAAACAAAGGAUAAAUGA